AUGGCCACUCGCGUCGCGCUCUUCUCGACCGCCGCCGACGCCGCCGCCGCCUCCCAGAGCGUCUCCGCUCUCUUCUCCGAGCACGACCGCGAGCUGCGAGACCUGCUCGAGCCGCUCGCCACUCUCACCGCCGCAGAGCAGGAGGCCAUCGGCUCCGCCGCGACGGCCGAGGCGGUCGGCCGGGCGUGGGAGGCGAACGACGCCGUGCUGCGGACGCUGCUCGCGGGCCGGCUGUCGCCAACGAUGGCACUGCCUGCGCCCGGUGCCGGUGCCGCCGCCCCGCCGAGCUCAGAUCAGGCGGCCGGCGAGAGCGGAGCCGCCGGGUAUGCAUCCGCCGCAGCCGUCAUCGCUCACCUCGUGCGCGACUGGAGCGACGAGGGCGCCUUCUCCCGAAUGCGGACGCACCCACCCGUGCUUCGCGCGCUGGCUGCGCUCGCGCGGAGCCGCCGUCCAACCUGCGCCUCGAGCAGGCCGCGCUCCAACUGCUCGGCGGCGGCACAGCUCCGAGUGCUGGUGCCCGGCGCGGGCGCAGGACGGCUGGCGUGGGAGGCGGCGCAGCGAGGCUACCGCGUGGAGGCGCGGUCACUCGGCUGGCUGCUCCACUGA